GCACCAAUUAAGGAUUCCGAAUGUGAUCACUGACCGAUUAUUCAUGGACGAGUACUAUAGUUUUCUGGAUGUUCUGCAUCCAGUGUCUGGAAUCAUUUGCUGUAACUAAUCUAGAUUUAAGUCAAUAUAAAUUAGAAGCAUAUAUAGUAAGAACAUGAUGUAAAAGUAGGGCAGCCGCUGGCCAUAGGCCCUACUCCAUCACCUAAACAGCCUACCUUUGCUCAGAUCCUAAGAUCUAAAGUUAAUCCAAAAACAGUUCAUAAUAAUUUAGCCAAAAAAUAAGAUAUAAACCCGACCGUGAUACACUUCGAACCAACAACCUUCAAAAGAGAACCAACUUUUCUUCUCACAAAAGAAAAAGAUGAUCGAUUGGCUGCACCAUUCCGCCUUACUCUUGUAGGAAAAUUCACCAAAGGCUGCCCAAAAAUGGAUUACUUGCGAAGAGAAUUCCAAACAAUCGGAUUCAAAGGAAGCUUUUCUCUUGGAUCUAUUGAUUACUGACAUAUCCUAAUUUGCUUCAAUCUAGAGGAGGAUUUUCAUCGUUGCGGGCUCAAAAAUUUAUGGACUUUUGAGAAGUAUCGAAUGUGAGUCAUAAAGUGGACCACGAAUUUCAAUCCAGCAUAGAAUGGACCACGGAUUUCAAUCCAGCAUACGAAAGCUCUAUAGUUCUUGCUUAGAUCUCCCUAGAAGGUCUCCCAAUUCACCGUUUCAACAAAGACUAUUUGUGGAGACUAGCUAGCGUUAUCGGUACUCCUCUCCAAAUUGAUGUCCCUACUCUCAACAUGCGCGACCAUCAGUGCCACGAAUUUGUGUAGAAUGCCACGAAUUUGUGUAGAAUUGGAUCUUCUCAAGGAGUAUCCAAUUCACAUCAGAUUGGGAGUUGAAGGGUCGAGUUAUUUUCAAUCAAUUUUCUACGUGAACAUGCCCCAAUACUGUGUUGAUUGCAAAAAAAAUUGGUCAUGAUAUUCAUACAUGCCGAUUCCACAACGUACCAUCCUCAAUGCAAAAGAUGGACAUGCACCAUUCAAAACAACAAGUCAAGCAGCCAUCCCAAGAAAAGCAAAAACAACCGCAGAUGUCAAGGGUGGCUUUUCGCCAAGAAGGGACAUCUCAAGCCAUGCGUUCACGGGUUGAGACAGUCGCGCAAGCUGUGACUCCGCAAGGAGCGACUACUGCUGGCCAGCCCCCCUUGUCAGAUGCCAACUCAGGCCCCUCCAAGGUUGGGCAGCCUGCGCUGCACAACACCGAAGUUGCGCAGCAUACCGACGUUGUCGUUGCAAUGCCGCAGAUGGAAUUGGUGGCGCAAAGCCUAAUAGCAGAAACCGCUGCUGUUAAUCAGAGUGCCUCUCAGGAUGUAGUGGCCGUCGUUGUUGAAUAGGAAGUCUCCUUGAAUCCGGUAGUUACACAUGAAUCUCCUGCUCUAACCCUCGCAACUCCAAAAUCGCAAAUCGCAGCCUCUGUUGAUGAUGAUUUAGAAGCUGAAAAUCGGCUAACUAAUUCUGCUUCGCCUAGUUUUUUAUUGCUGAGAAUACAACAGCCACCAACGAAGGAACUUCAGCGGCGUCGGAAGAGAAUCGGCGGCCAAAAUCGGUGGAGAUUCAACGGAAGCCACUGCUUGAAAUUCCGCAGAUGUCGUGGUCUUCUGCACAACAGACUCCCCAAAUUUCAGCGUCAAUUGAGCAACCAAAUCAGCCUCAACCGAAUCCUCCUCAUUUAAGAAUGGAUAAGUCAAAAUCGGACUCUUUUUCUCAGCAA